AUUUACAAAACAGGACGGAAGCAUUUGUUCCUCGCUCCUUUAACUCCGAAUUAUUUGGAAUCUUUUUAACCCUUUAAGAUCUAGUUACUUAUGUUACUAAAUAUUUUUAUUUAAAAUUAAAUCUUUUGUCGUAAUUCUUUAGCAAUUUGGAAUCUCCGUCGAUGACCACCGGCAGUCAACGCAUCAACGAAAAGCAAAAUGAAUGAAAUCGAAAUUCAAUACGUAACACUGAACAGUAACGAUUAACCCUUUGCGGGUGAAGAUUCCUUGAAAUAUAGAAAACCAUCAGCAGAUGAAGCCAAAUUACAUCGAUCGCUUAGAUAAUUAAAAAACGAAAACUACCUACUGAUCUCCUACCUAUCUGAUCUCGCGAAAAUGCCGACGUCCGCAAAGGGUUAAAUGAACACGAUAUUCUUCGAUUUAUCCCGAGUAUCGUAUCAGAAUAAAAAACACCCAGGGAUCGCAUUGAAAAAACGCACGAAGAUCGUUACGUUAGUCCGUGUAAUCCUUUGUGUUAUCUAAGGUUCCCGUUACACCCGACCAAACGAGCGAAAGAUUCUCACCGCUGGUACCGUGCACAUCCGGCCUGCCACCGGCACGGAUCAUUCGCGGUUCACCCUAUUCGUCCGUUUCACGUGCGGAACGCAACGGCGGCCGGUUUGUUAUCGAAUCGUGAUUAUUAUGUGGAACGUUAACGAGGUUGUGCGACGAGUCGGAAUGCGGCCGAAACGCCGGUAUCGAGAAUGCAGACGGGGAUGCCUCGAAUUUGAGGAAACGAACGAAGGAGAAAAGUACUCGUCUUUCCACCUGUAAACAACUAUCGGAGGUACAUCAUACACCAGCUGGUGCAGGAUCGCUUCGAGGAUCUGCACACGUUCUCGAUCGGUCAGGGAUCGGACAGGCGGACCGUCGUGUGCUACAAGACUGAUUUGAUAAGGGACCCGAAAUUGAAUGGUGUGCAGUGUAAGUUGAAUUCGAAAGUUACUGACACGCUGUUAGAGAUGGGCGCUGAUGGCCAGCGGUCACCCUCCGCUUCGCCAGAACGUGUUCGAGUCCAGAGACCAGUAAAAGCAGCACCAGCAGUUGAAAUCUAUAGACCACCAGCUGCCAGGAGAGCUAGGAAUGAACAGGCAAACACAGAUCAAGCUCAACUGCAACCAACUACUGAGUCAUCUUCUAAUGCAAAAGCUGCUCGACAAAGGAGGCCAGACCGUGCUGUGUAUGUUCCAAGGCAUAGAAGGAGUUUGGAAACCGAAGGGAGCCCACAGCCUUCAGAAUCUACUCGUCCGAGCCGUACAACUAAAGAGACUUCAAUAUCAACCUCCUCGUCAUCUCAUGGACAAUCAAAAUCAAAUUUAAACCUUAAAGAAAUAGACUCUGAUAGUCAGCAGACUGCAGAAUGCGCAAAGAAGGGAUCAAAUACGUGCUCUGAUAAAUGUCAGAGCAACCUAGAGAAUGAAGUUGAUCAGUGUCUUCAGACAGACUCGAAAGAGAAUGACUCCUUGGGCUCUUCAGUUGUGUCUGACACUGAACUCUGUAAUCAAGAAAAGUCAGAGCAACUGAAUAGCGCGAGCGAGGACGUGCCAAACAGACCAGACAGUUCUACCGUUCCGGACGUGAAACGCGACGGAACCGAUACGAUUCAGCCGCAAUCUGUUAAAGCGGAAGAAUCGUCUAGUAGUAGUAGUGAGGAUAAGGCUAGUUUAGAUUCAGUUGAAGCGUGUGUACAUAACGAAGUGAAUGUUAACGAAGAGGUAAAGAGAUCUGAUGAACAUAAGGAUAAUGUUGUUACGAUAUCCACGUCGAAUAAUAAUAAAAAGAACGAUGUACUUUCGAAGAAGGAUAAAAUAGCGAAUAAGAAAAACACGCGAAUAAUUCGUUGCAAUAUGGUGUCGGAUGUUUUGAUUAUCUCGGACGUAGAGAAAAAAGAACCCUCGCCCGUUAAGGAGGUGACGCCGCCGCUUGUAUCACCACCGGAGAAGAAAGUGAAGAAAGUUGAAAGACCGAAGAGUAAACCGGCGCCGCCGCCAUCUCCGCCGGUUAAAAAAAUGAACAGAGACGAGUGCGACUGGGAUAGUUUGUUUGAUGACAACGGCGACUGUUUGGACCCAACCCUCAUAGAGGAGCUGACGACGGCAGUGGGCGACGUUAUGAUAGAACAACCAAAAAGCGAUUACAAAGCGUAUACCAAGCACAUCGAAGUGUCCAGCGACGAAUUUGCUCACGUUGUAGAGAUAUACAAUUUCCCCUCAGAAUUUAAGACUAGCGAUCUAGCAGCCGUUUUUAGCCCUUUUAAAAAUGGCGGCUUCGAAUUGAAGUGGGUAGACGAUACCCAUUGUCUUGGAGUGUUUAGUAGCCCUCUUGUCGCCGCAGAGGUUUUGGCGUCGGAUCAUCCGUUUGUGAAAACAAGACCAUUGAGCGAAGCUACGGCACUAAGUAAAACGAAAGCCAGGAGAAGCGCUGAAUUUUUACAACCCUACAGAAGUCGCCCGGAAACGUGUGCUGCGUUGGCCAGGAGAUUGGUCACGGGUGCUCUAGGUGUAAAGUUAGCUACAGCUAGGCAAGAACGGGAACAUGAAAAGAAUAUUCUGCGUGAAGCUAAAGAGAAACGUAGAUUAGCGAACAAACAACGGGAAGACGUCUGGGAAGGCAUAAUUCCCGAAAAGUAGCAUUAUCUUUUGGUAAUGUAACGUUACAUGGAAAAUGACUUACAUCAUAUGUAAGUGUUAUGACAUUUACAUGCAUUUGUGCCUUACUCAUCUAUUUUUCAUCUAUGACAAACUCAUUUGUCGAGUGCUGAUUUGGCUAUUGGUUUCGGGAACACACAUGGGGAUAACUUUCGCCAAUAGAUGAGUGCGGCAUGACGAUGGUAUCGCUUACGACUGGUAAAAUGAGUUUCCAGCGUUUGUUUCGUUUCUACAUAUAUACGCAUAUCACAAUUGUCCAGACUAGUUGAAUACGAGCGUGCCUGUUGCACUAUUUUCUAACGGAAAGGUAUCAAGUAUUUUAAGUGAUAUUCUUAGGCAGGACGGUUUACAGUCCCGUUAUUAGAUCAACUAUAGGAACAGAUGUAGAAACAUUUUACGAUACGGUUAUAUUCUUACCUCGACAGUUGCCUCUGUUAAAAAUUUAUAUAUGCGACAACAAACAAUUGCUGUGUCGUGCAAUGAUAAUACGAGACAAUAAGUUAGAAUCGUAGAAGAUAUGAUAUUCUUUAUGAUAUAUGCACGCGUGCGCAUGCGCAUACAUCGAUUUUGCUACAGUGAUAUGUAAUCAAAAUGUGUCUUCACAGAGUUAUGAUUUUCACUAUGGAACUAUUAAUGAUAUACGAGGUGGCAUUUCAUUAUUGUCUGUGCAACGUAGGAUUAUUGUAGUUGUGAAUUAUAUGCCACUUAUAUACAUAUAUAUUUCUGUUAUAUGAAUGUUAAAAUCUGACGCACAAUCAUAAUAUCUACACAUAUUACAAACUUAUUAUGCAAAAAAAAAAGAGAACUCAGAACUGCAGAUUGUAUUUUUAUAUA